AUGGCCACCAUCACCUGCACCCGCUUCACGGAAGAGUACCAGCUCUUCGAGGAACUAGGAAAGGGAGCAUUCUCAGUGGUGCGCAGGUGUGUGAAGGUGCUAGCCGGCCAGGAAUAUGCUGCCAAGAUUAUCAACACGAAGAAGCUCUCGGCCAGAGAUCACCAGAAGUUGGAGCGUGAAGCCCGCAUCUGCCGCCUGCUGAAGCACCCCAACAUCGUCCGGCUCCAUGACAGCAUCUCUGAGGAGGGACACCAUUACCUGAUCUUUGACCUCGUCACCGGCGGGGAGCUGUUUGAAGACAUCGUGGCCCGGGAGUAUUACAGUGAGGCGGAUGCCAGUCACUGCAUCCAGCAGAUCCUGGAGGCCGUGCUGCACUGCCACCAGAUGGGGGUGGUGCACCGGGACCUGAAGCCGGAGAACCUGUUGCUGGCCUCCAAGCUCAAGGGCGCUGCGGUGAAGCUGGCGGACUUUGGCCUGGCCAUAGAGGUAGAGGGCGAGCAGCAGGCAUGGUUUGGGUUCGCAGGGACACCUGGAUACCUGUCCCCAGAAGUGCUGCGGAAGGACCCAUACGGGAAGCCCGUGGACCUGUGGGCUUGUGGGGUCAUCCUGUACAUCCUGCUGGUGGGGUACCCCCCAUUCUGGGAUGAGGACCAGCAUCGCCUGUACCAGCAGAUCAAAGCUGGCGCCUAUGAUUUCCCAUCACCAGAAUGGGACACCGUUACCCCGGAAGCCAAGGAUCUGAUUAAUAAGAUGCUGACCAUCAACCCAUCCAAACGCAUCACGGCCGCCGAGGCCCUCAAGCACCCCUGGAUCUCGCACCGGUCCACCGUGGCCUCCUGCAUGCACAGGCAGGAGACCGUGGACUGCCUGAAGAAGUUCAACGCCAGGAGAAAACUGAAGGGAGCCAUCCUCACCACUAUGCUGGCCACCAGGAACUUUUCUGGCGGGAAGAGUGGAGGGAACAAGAAGAACGAUGGUGUGAAGAAAAGAAAGUCCAGUUCCAGCGUUCAGUUAAUGGAAUCUUCAGAGAGCACCAAUACCACCAUUGAGGAUGAAGACACGAAAGUGCGGAAACAAGAAAUCAUAAAAGUGACAGAGCAGCUGAUUGAAGCCAUAAGCAAUGGAGAUUUUGAGUCCUACACGAAAAUGUGUGACCCUGGGAUGACGGCCUUCGAACCCGAGGCCCUGGGGAACCUGGUCGAGGGCCUGGACUUCCAUCGAUUCUAUUUUGAAAACCUGUGGUCCCGGAACAGCAAGCCUGUGCACACCACCAUCCUGAACCCCCACAUCCACCUGAUGGGUGACGAGUCGGCCUGCAUCGCCUACAUCCGCAUCACGCAGUACCUGGAUGCCAGCGGCAUCCCCCGCACGGCCCAGUCGGAAGAGACCCGCGUCUGGCACCGCCGGGACGGCAAAUGGCAGAUUGUCCACUUCCACAGAUCCGGGGCGCCUUCUGUCCUGCCGCAGUAA